AUGAGUCAAAUGAGUUUACAUCAUGUUUUUACAAAAAAGGGGUUACAACCGUUAUCAAGAUUUAGAGCUGCUGUUUUUAUGACAAUUGCUAAUUUACCUUGGUUAAAAAACGAUGACUAUCAAUUCGCUCCUAUAGAUUCAUUUGAUUCAAUACAUAUGCAAAAUUUAAUUUCAGCUUGUAAAUUAUCUGAAAUAUCUGUUUUUCAAAAAUUGAUUUUAUUCAAACGACCAAAUGAUCGAACAAUGUUUGAAUUAGAAACAAUCGAAUGGAUGUUUGCAGUAGGAUUUAAAUUUUUUCAUCUUUGUCCAAUUGAAAUUAAAAUGCUUUUAAUAAAAAGAGCGUCGUAUAAAUGUUAUGGCCCUGGUAGAUGGAUAUUAAAACAAGGGCAUUUAUCAACAAAUAUGUAUUUAAUUGUCAAAGGAAAUGUGAGAAUUACUGAAGAUGUUCGAAAUCCUAUCACUAAAUUAAUAGAAAGCACCGAACGUUGCAUAUUAAAAGAAAAAAAAUCUUUUGGCGAGAGUGCUGUUAUGUUUAAUACACGUAGAAUAAAUUCUGUACAAUCAAUAAGUACAGUGGAAUUGAUUUGCAUAUCGAAAAAUGAUUUCACGGAUAUCAUCAAAAACAAUUUACAACUUAAGUGGAAUGCAAAUGCAAUAGCAAUAAAAUGUUUUUCAUAUUUUAAACACCUAAGUUUAUUGGAGUUAAAUAGGUGCAGCACUGUUUCGUUUAUCAAAACAUUUAAAGGCAAUGAAUAUGUUCUCGGAAAAGGGCUAGGCGAUGUUGAUUAUGCUCACUUUGUAUUAGAAGGAGAAAUAUCUUUAAUAUUACGUUUGGAAAUUAGACAGAUUAUUAAUCGUUAUGGAAAUGUCAAGUACAUAUUAAAAAAGAAUUUACAAAAAUUAAAUGAAAAAAAAUAUAAAAAUGUAUAUGUUAAUACUUGUACACUAUCAUCGGACUCCUGUUUCAACAUUGGUGAAGAUAUAGAAGACAAAGAAUUUAUAACUACUGAUAUUAACGUAACAAAAUGCUUGUGUGUUCCUCAUUGGUUCAUGGGUGAAACAGAAAAACUUAAAUGUUGGGAAUUGGUUAAGUUGGAUCUCAAUCACAUUAUUCCAUCUAAGAACAAAGUAUUUUUAAAACUCUAUGGCUCUUAA